AUGAGUGGACCUUCAUCAACAACAACAUCAAAUAUGAAGAAAGAGACUAAACUGCAACUAGACUAUGAUUCAAAUACAAACAAGUCAAAAUCAGCAGAGAUUCUAAGCCGGCAUCCUCAAUCCCAAGAAAUUUCUGAAACAACAAAACAUCAACAAGAUCAGAAGAGUAAAACCAUAGGACAUAAAGUUGAAUUCAAUGAUCAAGCAAGCGCAACUGAUAAAAUAGCCUCGAAAGAUGAAACACUUCCAAAGGAUAACGACAACCAAGAAAUUAAAAGUGAUAACAAAAGCAACAUCGAAGACAGUGUACCAUCAUCAAGUCAAGAAAGAUCACCUUCAGCCAAUUCGGACUUACCUAUACCCUCAAAUCAACUUAGUGGGAGAAAAGCGGCAAGAUCUUUAAGAAUUUUCCGAGGUAUUGAUGAAUCUGAAUUUGUUGAUGAAGAAGAACAAAAUGAACAAAAUAAACUACCUAUAACAAGUCCAAUUAAAGAAAAAAUUGUUCCAGAUGGUGGUAUUGAUUUGGAACCAGUGUCAUCAGCAACUUAUAUUCCACAUACUCCAGCAACACUUGAACAUUACAAUAAACAUCAUUUAAAACCAGAUCAGGAUCGUUUAGAUACGACUACAAUAACUAAAGAAUUAGAAGAACCAUUGACGCCAACAUUGUUACCUAAACCUCAACAUCUAACAGCAAAUUUGGAGUUUGAUCAUGGAAUUAAUGGCGAUAUUACAAAAAUUUCAUCUGUUUAUAAUAAUAAUGUCAAUGACAAUGAACAUGUUGUAUUUGAUGAAAAUCAAAUUCGGGACGAUAACAAGGCUGAAAAAAUCAAAAAGUACUCAAGAUCAUCCACUCCUGUUUUGGAUAUUCUUGUUCCUAAAUUACAAGAAUUUGAGAAAAAAGAAGUAUCUGAACAAGUUAUUGGUGAAGUAUCAAAAGAAAAAGUCUCUAACGACACUAAUGAUAUUAAUGAAACGGUACAAGAAUUUGAAGAAGAUGAAGGUUCUGAAUUUCCUUUAGCAGUUGAAUUAAGACCUUUUAAAAAUAAAGUUGGUGGUCAUACAGCAAUAUUUUCAUUUUCAAAACAAGCUGUUUGUAAAGCAUUAGUUAAUAGAGAAAAUAUUUUUUAUGAAACUAUAGAAAUUCAUCAUCCUGAACUUUUAAAAUUUAUGCCUCGAUAUAUUGGUGUUUUAAAUGUAAGAUAUUCAAGUUUAAUAAAUGAAGUUGAAACAAAACAAGAAAACGAACCAAUUGCAAGCACAUUUGAGCAUGAUGAGGAGUCUGCAUUGAUAGAACAAACAAAACCUCACAAUCAUAGAAGACAAUCGGAAAAUAUGCCACCAGAAGUUGUUUUAGAUGACAAUAAACAUAUUAUACCAGAUACUUUAUGGAAACAUUAUUCAAGUUCGUUACCAUCACCAAAAUAUUCAAAUUUAGAAAGUCAUAGUCCUGUUCCUAGUUUAACUAAUUCUCCAAUGCAAAGACCAAAUCCUGGAUCAACAUUAGUUAAUACAGAAUUACAAGUACAAGUUUUACAAGAAGUUUUUCAACCAAUGAAAUUACAUGAUGAAUUUUUUGAAAUGGAUGAAGAUAGAGAAUUUACAACACCACCAUUAAAUGAUAAUAAAGAAUCAACUCCAGAUAAUGAAUUUGAUAAAAAUGAAGAAGCCGUCAUACCAUCUUCACCUGAUGUCUUAUUACGUAAACAUACAAGAUUUGAAAGAUUUAUUUUAUUAGAAGAUUUAACAUGUAAUAUGAAAAGACCAUGUGUAUUAGAUUUAAAAAUGGGUACAAGACAAUAUGGUAUAGAAGCAAAUUUAAAAAAACAAAAAUCUCAAAGACGUAAAUGUUUUAUGACAACAUCAAGAAAAUUAGGUGUAAGAGUAUGUGGAUUACAAAUUUUUAAACAAAAUAAACAAAGAAUUAUAAAAGAUAAAUAUUUUGGUAGAAGAAUUAAAAUUGGAAUACAAUUUUGUAAAAUUUUAGCAAAAUUUUUAUAUGAUGGAGAAUCAAUUUUUUCAAUAUUAAAUAAAAUUCCAAAAUUAAUUUUAAUGUUAAAUUCAUUAUUUAAAAUUUUUAAUAAUUUACCUGGUUAUAGAAUGUAUGGAUCACUGAUUUUAUUAAUGUUUGAAAGUGGAUCAGUAUAUAAUCAAGUUAAAGUUAAAAUUAUCGAUUUUGCUCAAUCUGUUGUAUCAGAAGAAGAAAAAGAAAAAUCAAAUAUUCCACCAUAUCAUCCAAAUUUAGUUGAUAAAGGUUAUUUAAAAGGUUUAAAUUCUUUAAUUGAAUAUUUUAUUUUAAUUUUUCAAAUUUUAAGUAAAUCAAAAUUGACAGAUCCAAAUGAAAUGAUUAAAUGGAAUGAGACAAAUGAAUAUAAAUUAAUUAAUAAAAAUUGUCCUUGGUUAGAUGAUUAUGCAGAAUUGGAAAAUGAAAUUGAUGGAGGAAUUAAUUUAAUUGAUGAAAAUGAUCCUUUUAAUAUUGAUUAUCCAAUUAAUGAUACGAAUGAUGAUGAUUUAUCAGAAUGA